UGUACAAUAAAUGUGUUCUCGUUUCGAAAUCGUACAACAAACAAGAUUCUUGCACCACGUGCUGUUUUUAUCAAGUAAAAUGAACAACAAUUAUCGUCGAAAGAGGGAGGCAGCCAUGGAAAGAAAACGAAAACAUGACUCGGAGAGCUCGGACUCAGAAUUUUCUGAUAGUUUUGAUUUGCGAUUGGACGAGGAGUUCAAUGAAAUUAUUAAGAGAAUCAAAAUUGAAAAAAGCAACAACAAAGUCGAAGUGAAACCAUGUUCAAGUUCGACCUCAGGCAAUUCAAACCAAUCAAACGAAUCAAACCAAAACGGCGGACAGAACAAUCGAAGUACAAAUGUUAUAUGGCGAAGCCCAUUGGAGUUCUUAAAAUCUACAAUUUAUCGUCAGCAGUAAUUUUGUUAUUUGAAUUUUGACCGUUCCACAAAUCAUUAUUUUUUGUUAUUAUUUUUU